GAGCGUGGCUUCCUUGAAACUAAAAAUUGUGUAGUUUUAAGAGUAGAAAGUACCACAAACAGCUAUCUGACGUGAAAACGGCAAACCACAUUUGAAGCAAGCUUGUAUAGAGAAUAAGACUAUGUCGUGGCCUCUGCGGAGGCAAGACCGCGGCCGGUGGCCUUCUCGCGGUAAGCGUGGGACUUAAGUCCCGCGACUUCGUGACUUCGAUACUUUUCCGUUUCGCGACGCGGAUCGUCUCGUAGGACGCUGGAAAAAUUCAAAAAAACGACACCGGCAAGAGCAUAAUCCCAUGCAGGACGAAGAGAUAACGGUAAGGAACGACGUUUACGCUUUAGCAUCUUCUGAGCAGGUUCAUCGAGUUAUCACAACCUUUUCGUUUUCACAACAUAAGUGCAACAAAACCCAAGAAGAUGCCGCUCUCUCCCUCAGAGAGGAAGAGCAAGCUGGUGGUCGAACCGGCGGUUAUCGACCUGGCUGCCUUGCAGGAAGGAUGCGAAGGGAGCGCCGAGAAUAACCUCGUAGAGCCAAUAAAUUUUCCGAAAGUGGAAUCUUAUGAUUUCAAAUUUAUUUUCGUUUUCUUGCGAGGAUACAAGAUAGUUCCCUAACUCUAACUCUUAGGGAGAAUAAGUUUCUUGAAUUCUUCUAAGGUGAAUGAGAUCGUUUUCUUGCGAUAAUUACUUCUCCUUCAUACAGGUACAGAACGAAUACUUACUUACCGUAUCAUCUUCUAACCCCCCCUCCGCCUUUCGUACCGGAACAUAGCAGAGAUAGCGAAUCUGAACAAUUUUGACAACCUCAAAACGCUGAGGCUGGACAACAAUAUCAUAGACAGGAUUGACUCGCUGGAUCAUUUAGUCAAUUUGACGUGGCUAGGUACUUGAUAAUUGCUUUUUAGGAGAAGAUCGAUGAUUGCUGCAAGUGAUGAUUUUGUACAAUCAAUCUUGCACUUGGAUUUUUGUUACUACGUACUUCAAAUUUCUUUCGUCCUCUGAGUCUCCUGUCUCAAAAAUUGUAAAUGAACCAUGACCUUGACUGAAUCAACCGGACCCUCCCACAGAUCUGAGUUUUAACAACAUACGGGAGAUUCAGGGCUUGGAGAAUUUGGUGAAUUUGGAGGAUGUUUCCUUGUACAACAACCAUAUCGAGGAAAUCUCAGGGCUGGACAAUUGCAAGAGGCUCAAUGUUCUGAGUCUGGGCAGGAACAGGAUAUCGGACUUGAAGCAGGUACUUCUGCUUACUUCUAGUACUUCCGCUAUAAAGUGUAGAUUUGUAGUACUAGGACUAUUGGUUUCAAAGACAUACAACGAUCAACCCGCAAUCAAGGUCAACUAUCUUCGACGCUUCGGCAAUCUGCGAUGUGUGUGUUUGGAGGGGAAUAAGAUUUGCGAGGCGGACUCAUAUCAACAACACGUCUUGGCGUAUUUGCAGUUAUGAACUUUGGCGGAGUAUGAUAGUGAAAACUCCUGUACUGUCCUUGUAUGAUUGCAGAUGCGCGACUAGCAGUUUCAACCUCAAAUAGCUCCUCCACAAGACGCAACUCAACCUGUGCAUCCACUUCAAGCAUAGGGCUAUUAAUGAAGCUUACACUUGUUGUUUAAGUACUUUUAAUACUCUUCUAACACGGCACCUCAAGAAUAGAUACUUUUUCUCUUCUAGCACGGCACCUCAAGAAUAGAUACUUAGGACUCUAACAUAGAUUUAUGUACUUUUACUACUCUUCUAACACGGCACCUAGUCUACCUUGACUACAUGUUGAUCGACAAGAAGCAAGUUGCGCAGAUCCAGGAGAGCUAUCAGUUAGACGAGCUGACAGAAAUGAAGGAGCAGGAGGCUGAAGAGGCUCUGCAGCAGAAGGCUGAGGCGGAGAAGAAAGUCCACGAGGAAAAGCUGAGACAAAGCUUCUUGGACACUACGGUAGUAGCAAUCAUUUCGAAGUGAAGUUCUUGCUCGGGAAUACGAUGUCGUCGUGUAGUUUUGACACAAGUUUACUCGAGAAAAUGAAGAUUGCUCUACUUUAGUACUACUUAAGCUGUAAAAUUUUGUGUUGUACUAGUUGUACCAUGUUGUAAGAGACGUCACUCUAGUACCAUGUAUGUCUCUCGCGACGUAGUCCUUCCUCAUUGUUCCCAACGUCUCCAACCAUUCUCCUCUCAACAGAACAACUUGUACGACGAUCUCUUCCCCGCUGAUAUGUCGGAGCAUCUAGGUGCCUUGCACUGCCUGACGCCUCUGAAGGAAGAAUACAGGGAGAAAUUGGCAGAGCUCCUGAAGACGCUCUACGCCUCUGUCCAGGAGAAGAAUGAAGAGAGACUGAAGAAAGUCAAGGUAAGUACCUACAUGUGUCACAUUUGAGUAUCAUGAGAUGACAAGUAGCGAGCUGUGACUGUGGUGAAAAGGUGGGACCGUCUAGGAAGCACUGUUUGUGAACCCGCGGUAGCAGCAGGAAAAUGCAAUCUCUUCAUGUCUGCUGUUUGUGAAACGAAUCUCGCCCCAGUGGGUGGCCAGAAAUUCCAUCAACCUCCUAGUUUCUUGAUCACUUUAGAAUCGGCGGGUUCGUAGAGUAUAGCGCGAUAGAGGAACACUAGGUUCCGCCUGCCGCCGGUUUGCGAACUGGAUAAAGCUGAGGCCGCUCUUUCAGUAGCCCCAGGAUACAAAAAAAAAAGAAAACUUUUUCUGAAAUCUCCAAAUCCAAAGCCAAAGGAAUGAGUCAACAUCAUAAUGCCUACCACAUCACAGGUAUUCGAAAAGCAGAUUGAGCAAACGUAUCUGGCCUCCGAAGCCGAAUCUACAGAGCUGUUCAAGAAGUUUCUUCGUAGUAAGAAAGUCGGCCUCCAGAAAGUCAAGGAACAAAUUGUUGGCGGAAUCUUGACGGAUGAAGCGGCUGAAAGUACUACCUGUAGAGGACAUGACCUAGAGGACAUGUUGAUUCUUUAUAAUGCCUGACUUUUCUUUUUUCGGUUUUUGUUUUUUCUAGUUAGGUAUGCUCGACCAACUUUAAUGGACAGACAAGCGCGUCAGGAUCCUUAUAAGCUAAAUUUACAAUGAAUUAUAACUAUUGGUUGUUCCUUUUGUCACUUGGUUUUUGCCUACUGUCACUUGUUUUUUACCUUCUGCUUCUGUUAUUUCCUCUUCAAAAGGCAAUAAGUAAAGAUCCUUCAAGACAUAUCCUUCAACUGAAGCUGAAAGUGUCUAAUGGACAGAUGAUAAGUGCCUCUUUUCUAUUCAUGCAGGUUCAUCGUUCCAAUCAGCUUCAUAAAUGGUGUUUACUGUAAUAAAUUUUGAAACUAUGAUUAUGACGCCCUGAAGGCAGUCUCCUGCACUGAACGCUGUGCGAUACAAAAAAAAAAAAGCGAGAUUAAUUGUAUUGUAUUGUAUUGCAGCUGAAUCUAUCUCACAGUACUCAAGCGCCUCUCAACGGAGCUAGAAGAAGCGGAUCACGAUUUGAUGGACUUAGAAAUGGACCUACUGGCUAGCGUGGACGACUACAUCGUGUCGUUCGAGUCACAAAUGGGCGAGCUAAUAAAGGUGAUGGCGAAUGCGGCGAAGGAGUUCUUUCAGUUUUUCUUACGGCUAAAAACGUCAACUGCUGCUCGUGCCUAACACAAAAAGAACGUUUUUUAGUUAUGUUUUCAUAAUACAUCACAUAAUCGACCUCAUGCCAGGCACAUCAAUCAAUCAAUCAAUCAAUCAAUCAGCUGUUUUCAUCAGUUACUUGAGCUUGAAAACAGGAGUUGCUGAGAGAUGCUGUAUGUUCUAAAUUUACUUAAAAUGUAAAUGAUAUAAAAGAUCAUGGGAAAUACUUAAAAUGUAAAAAAUGAUAUAGAAGAUGAUUGGUGACAAAAACAAGAUGUCCCCUGUACAAAAGAUUGAUCUAACUUUCGAGGAGACUGAGAAUACGUUCAAGAACGACUUGAUGCUUGGCGCAUCCACGGAGAUGGAGGCAGCUGCGAGUCAGCCGGAGAUGAUGGAUCACGGAGAGGAUGCGAGGAGACAGCAAUUGUUGUCUUAUGUGGCAGAUAAAACCCUCUCCCCCAUGCACACAGGUAGCCCCUAUACCUCACGAAUAGGUACAUCAAUCAAUCAAUCAAUUGCAUCAAUCAAUCAAUUGGUAGAACAAUCAAAGCGAGGGAUCAUCAGUUUGAGCACGACAAAACUAAGUAAUCUAGUUGCCCCUCUCCUCUUUCAUCCCCCCGAUCGUGAAGGUAUGACACAAGCAUUAGCGGCGUUUUCAGAUAGCCACUUACUGGCGAUCCAGACCAAAGACGACCAAAUGCAAGCGCAGAUGUCAGGGUGGCUAUUCUCCUUCUUCGACGCGAAGCAGAAACAUUUGCUUUUAUGAUUUAGACAUUUAGAUAUUCUCAGUCGGGCUGAGGCUGUGCUUAGUUCACUCCUAGGAUGAUGCAUUUUCCCCGUUUUCACAAUAGAUAAUAAAUGAAGACUCCUUUGAAGACCCUUUCUUGUUUCAAGAAGUUUCAUCAGUAUCACUCUCUCUCUCUCGCCGUCUCGUAGAAGUCAUCUCCGACAUUGGUGAUUGAAGGUCUUCUAAUCCCUCAGCGCAAAGGUGCGCGAAUGAUGGAGAUUAAGCGUCAAAUCGAGAGCAAUCAGGCGGAAUUGAAGGAGUAUCUCGUAAGCAUCUCCGACCAGAUGGAGGAGGAGGAAGACGAUUGAUCUCUUUACGCACGAAGGAAGAAUCAACAGGCCGCUACUUGAUAGUACAAAACUUAUACUAGAUAGUACUUAUAAUCUGAUUUAUUGGUCUGCUUAUCAUGUUGCUUAUUUCCAGUGAAUUGCAAAGUUGUAUUUCUCGUUCAUCUUAUUCAAGAAAACGUUGACAAAUCAUCAAGGUUAAAGAACCUCUUUUCUUUCUGUUAUGACUGCAAAAUAAUAUACCUAAGGACUGGAAAUUACUAGAGUGGAAAUUGCGAAUAUUAACUACCCGAGUCGGAUGGAACAUGAUGGAAAAAACAACACGAUGGUCAUACUAAACAACGCUUCGUUUCAUAGUGGAUAAUGAAAAGGAAAAAAUUUGACUAGCAGCAAACGACAUAUCACAGCAGCUCUACCAGAGCUACCUUACAGGAGUAACACUCGUCCCCUUGAGAUUAGUACUCAACCACCUUGUUCCACCCAAAAACUUCGGUUGAAGGCCUGCCUCCCACGACUAGUGUGAACCCACCAUUGCCUUGCAGACAACAGACUGCUGUCAUACAACCGCGUAAAGUUGAUGCCAAGUGCUCUUUUACUCUUGAAAUCUUCCUCGCCCAGGAUGGAGCAGCUUGGGGUGCUUCAGAGACCAGUUUUCAUGCCCACUAGCACGACACUAACAGUUACGGGAAGGCUCUGAGACUGACUAGGACACUGACUAGGACUAGAGGAUGUUGUGCCGUGUUCUAACGGUCUAAACGUACUAGCACGACUAGGACCAGUACUU